CGCCCCGGAUACCCGCAAAAUUCCUGUCAUCAUGAAUCAUCCAUCCUCUCCAUACCCAUCACAAACAUUCGAGCCUCAUCAUCAGGCUAGCAACUGUUACAGCGCUUCAUCUUCCAGCUUUCACUUCUCCGCUCAUUGCCAACAUCAACUAUGUGUCCAUUCGCUGAUAUUCUUCUUUUCAUUACCCUAGUCUUUGCUCUACCGACUUCACUUGCUCUACACUCCUCUCGUCUCCACCCCGGAAACCUUCCACCUACAAAUGACGCCCCAUUAUCUCACCUAUUCACCGGCCCACCAACACAUCCUCGCCAGAUUUUACUACGUCGUGUCACUACAUCGCUUCUUGCAGAUAAAUCCCGCGAACCCAUCGAAAAACGGCACUUUGAUCCGGGUCACUACUUAUCCAUAAUCGGUACAGUGUUUGCAGCCUGGUUCAUCGUUACGUCUCUCGUGGGUGCGCCCAUCAUUCUAUACCUCUAUUUACGUGGCGUGAGAAGACGAGGGUCAUGCGACAACAAGCUGAGAAUAGAGAGAGUGCUCCGCUAAACAACAAGCCACUCCACGAGACCCAGGUCAACCACCCAAGUCAAGCUACCGCCGCGCUUCCCAAGUCCAUUAAGCGGUCCGGAGAGGAGAGUGCAGUCCAUCCAACACC